AUGUCAACCCAACAACUUGAACGCCUUCUCUCAUUAACACCAUCACUUGGUCAUCUGAAACUGGUUUCAUCUAAAUCCAUACGUAAUCCAAUAUUUGAUGGUUCAUAUUGGGAACAAUUCAUUCAAGAGAAACUACUUCUACUGAGGCAAUUUCAAUUUUCUUUCACUUGUAUUAGCAAGAAAUUGAAUGACACCACUACCCCCGAUUCACUUAUCUUCCCAUUUCAAAGUCCGUUCUGGCUCAACAACAAAAAAUGGUUUGUUAAUUGUGAUUAUAUUUUACGACAAUCGAAAAUUAUCCUUUAUACAACACCACGCUGCAUAGAGGUUGAUGCCAUAACAAGAUCUUCUGUAUUUGAAGUAUCAUUAACAAACCCUCAAUGUCGCUUACUUUUACAUCAAAAUUACAAUAUGAUCUAUAACAUCGAAGGAGAAACAUUAACUGCAGUUGAUCUUUCAUAUAAUGAGAUUGGAGACAUUGGAGCACAGCAUUUGGCUGACACAUUACAAAACUAUCAAACGCUUGCUACGCUAGACCUUUCCCACAAUCGAAUCGGAAACAAUGGAGCACAAUAUCUUAAUGAUACCUUCAAAGAAAACAAAACACUGAUUAAAUUGAACCUCGAAGAAAAUCCUGGUAGCUAUUGUGCAAUUGUGAGUGCAGCAAUUCAAAUACGACAUAAUAAAGUACUCACCAUCAUCGAACUCUCCCACUGUCAAAUCGGAAAUAAUGGAGCACAAUAUCUUCAUGAUACCUUCAAAGAAAACAAAACACUUAUUAAAUUGAACCUGGAAGGAAAUCCUGGUAGUUACUGUGCAACUGUGAGCGCAGCAGUUCAAGUACGCAAUGACAAAACACUUAUUAAAUUGAACCUUGAAGGAAAUCCUGGUAGCCACUGUACAACUAUGAGUGCAGCAAUUCAAAUACGAAAUGAUAAACUUAUGGCUUCCGGAUUUUCAUCAUCAAAUAACAUAAAUCAUAAAAAACGAGCUCUUCUCAUUGGCAACAAUAAAUACAAGAAAAGUAGUCAACUUCAAUACUGUACCAAUGACGCUAAAGAUCUUGCUAAUAAAUUACAUAAAAUUGGCUUUGAAAUUACAGUUGAUACUAAUUUAACAUAUGAACAGAUGGAUAGAAUGAUCAAAACGUUUAUUGAUAAUAUAAAUCCAGAUGAUCUUGUUCUUUUCUUUUUUUCGGGUCAUGAAUAUCAAUGGAGUCGUCUAAAUUUUCUCAUCCCCAUUGAUGAUGAUCGAAUUACAACAAACACUGAACUUACAUAUCGAGCAAUAAAUGCUCAAACUACGCUUGAAAAGAUUAUCAAUCGUCGUCCAUCAGCAGCUAUAUUUCUUCUUGAUUGUUGUCGAAAUAGUUUUAUAUGCGAAUCAUCAAAUUCUAAUGGUCUUUCAAAUAUGCGAGCGAUUGAUGAUUCAUUUAUUGGUUUUUCAUGUACAGCAAAUAAAGUUGCAUUAGAUAAAUCAAAAAAUGAUCGAAAUAGUUUAUUUACAUCUUAUCUUCUUCAACAUAUUAAUCAACCGAAUUUAACUAUUGAUGAAAUAAUGAAUGAUGUUUGUGAUGGUGUAAUGAAAGAAACAAAUAAUGAUCAAUGUCCAUUUCGAGUAUCUUCGCUUCGACAGAAGGUUUAUUUAAAUCAACAAUUUCCAAUUGGACAAUCAAUUCCUCUCAAUCAUUUUAAUAUCAACACCAAAUGGAGACGACAUGGAAUUACUAUGGCUGGAGGAAAUGGGUAUGGCAAUCAAUUAAAUCAACUCUCUCAACCUCGCGGUAUCUAUGUUGAUGAUGAUCAUCAAACUGUAUAUAUUGCUGAUUGGUUGAAUCAUCGCAUUGUUGUAUGGAAAUACAGAGCAAAGAGUGGCCAAGUUGUUGCCGGUGGAAAUGGGUAUGGAAAUCGGAGUGAUCAAUUGUAUUUUCCAACAGAUGUGAUUGUUGAUAAAAAGAAUGAUUCUAUUAUCAUUUGUGAUCAAGGAAACAGACGAGUGGUACGAUGGUCUCGUCAAAAUAGUACAAUUGGAGAAACAAUUAUUUCUGACAUUGAUUGUUAUGGUCUAACAAUGGAUAAAAAUGGAGAUCUUUAUGUCUCUGAUUAUAUGAAGAAUGAAGUAAGACGAUGGAAACAAGAAGAGAAAGAAGAAAUAAUAGUAGCAGGUGGAAAUGGAAAAGGAAAUCAUCUUAAUCAACUCAAUUGUCCUACUUAUAUCUUUGUUGAUGAAGAUCAUUCAAUUUAUGUAUCGGAUUGUGACAAUCAUCGUGUGAUGAAAUGGACGAAACGUGCAAAAGGUGUUGUUGUUGCUGGUGGAAAUGGUCAAGGGAAUAGUUUGACACAAUUGUCUUAUCCUCGAGGAGUGGCCGUCGAUCAAUUGGGUAAUGUUUAUGUGGCUGACUAUGACAACCAUCGAGUGAUGCGUUGGUGUGAAGGAUCUAAAGAAGGUAGUAUUGUUGUUGGUGGAAAUGGAAAAGGAGAACAAUCAAAUCAGUUCAAUUGUCCCACAGGUUUAUCAUUCGAUGUUCAAGGCAAUCUCUAUGUUGUUGAUCAUGGAAAUGCUCGAAUACAAAAAUUUCAUAUUGAUUUGAACUAA